CAUUAAUUUUUGCUUUUUUGAAGUGUUGAAAUUUCGGUGACGCAUUUAAUCAGCAGCCACAUCUCUGAAUUGCUGUGCAAAAUUCCAUGUGACCAGAGCUUUAGAACAAGAGACCCUUAGGCUAACCGCAGAGCACCAUUUGCUGCAUAGAACUGGAACUGGGUUAAUGUAAUGCACAUUGAGUGAACGAGCCAGCGGGGUAAUCAGAGCGGAGAGCAGCUGAGUGCUGCGGUUGCCAGACUGCAACAUGUGUGCGGCGUUGUGUGCGUAUAGCGCACUGAGAGUUUUAUCUGCAUAUGAAAAACCUCACAGAGCAGGCUAAGUAUUGUGGAAGUGUGAGAGAGUGACAGGCCCACACAUAACAUAUAUACGAAAUAUAAAGAGCGCAACUAGAGCACACGAAAGAAACUAAGCAAAAGUAAAGAAAAAAACACAAAAAGCACACAUACAAUGCCGCAAUCAGAGGGCGGCUAUGUGUCGCUGCCGGCGAUGAAUGGCAAUGGCAAUGGCAGCGCCAUCUAUCAGUCCACCACAGAACCACAGUCAGCGUCGCCCACCUCCGUCUUUGAGAGCGUGAAACGUGCAAUUGGUCAGGCGAUCAAAUCCUCGCCAAGCGAUAGCGAGGAGCUGGUGCGCAUGGAGCGAACGGUGGUCAUUGUUGGUGGUGGUGCCAGUAUUUAUUUCAGAGACCGCGACAAAACUGGUAAGACACUGAACACCAAGAUGCCAUCAGCACCAACACACACUGCCGAGGAGGCACAUCUGCUGGGCACUAUGCCCGUCGAUCCCAUGGAUGACAUCGAACUGCGCUCGGUGCAGCUACAAUUUCCCAAUGCACGCGGCUCCAUUUUGGAGGCCUGCGAACAGCGACGUGUGCCCACAGACAAGGGCGACAUACAUGUCGCCAUACAGGGCGACACCUCAAAGCCGGCCAUAGUGACCUACCACGACCUGGGACUCAACUAUGCCACCAGUUUCGCUGGCUUCUUCAAUUAUCCAGUCAUGCGCGGCUUGCUGGAGAACUUUUGUGUGUAUCAUGUUACUGCACCCGGACAGGAGGAAGGCGCGCCUACAUUGCCAGAGGACUAUGUGUAUCCAACCAUGGAUGAGCUAGCAGCACAGCUGCUGUUUGUGCUAUCGCAUUUCGGCCUGAAGUCGGUGAUUGGCUUUGGCGUUGGUGCUGGCGCCAAUAUACUGGCACGUUUCGCUCAUGGUAAUCCGGAUAAGGUGGGCGCGCUGUGCCUAAUCAACUGUGUAUCGACGCAAUCGGGCUGGAUCGAAUGGGGCUAUCAGAGCUUCAAUGCGCGCUUCUUGCGCACCAAGGGCAUGACACAGGGCGUCAUCGAUUAUCUGAUGUGGCAUCAUUUCGGCCGCAAUCCGGAGGAGCGCAAUCACGAUCUGGUGCAGAUGUACAAGCAGCACUUCGAGCGCGGCGUCAAUCCCACUAACCUGGCCAUGCUCAUCAAUGCGUAUAUACAUCGCAACGAUUUACAUUUGGCGCGCACACCUCCGGGCACACCUGGUGCGGAGACGGCAGCGACCACGCUUAAGAUGCCGGUUAUCAAUAUAACGGGCUCACUUUCGCCGCACGUGGACGAUACGGUGACAUUCAACGGCCGCUUGGAUCCAACAAACUCAUCCUGGAUGAAGAUCUCGGAUUGCGCCAUGGUGCUGGAGGAGCAACCGGCUAAGCUGGCUGAGGCCUUUCGGCUGUUCUUGCAGGGCGAGGGCUAUGCUGUUGGCACACUGCAAAAGCUGGCACGCAAAAUCUCAGCGGCCAGUCGGAGCAGCUCCACGCAAAUUGAGCUUUGCGUGCAAUGAGAGCAGUGCGCCGCCUAAAUUGGAGUUGGAAUGGGCGUGGCCGUGGCCGUGGGCGUGAGCGCGGGCAAACACGAGUGAGAGAAAUUGGAAGACACACAGAAACAAAGAUGAAAGCACAGCACGCUGAGACCAACACAUACAUAUACAUACAUCUAUGCAAACAAGGAAUCAAACAUACACACACACACAUACACACACAGCUGGAAACAGCAACAAGUUGAAGCUUUAGCUUUUUUGGCGCUUUUAUGUAUGUAUUUUUUUUAUUAACUGUUAUUCUCCGUUUUCGUUUCACUUCUAAUUGUUGCUUCUUAUAAUGUGUAUUAUGUUAUCCAUUUUUUUUUAUUACAUUUAGUUAUUACGUGCGUAUGUAUUUAGUUGAGAUAUACAUAAGUGUAAAUUGUUGUAUACAUUUAACAACAAAUACUGUUGUUGAAAUAAAAACAUUACACAUAUUAUUUUGUGUGUAUUCCUUAUUUGUUUCCACAUGCCUCAAGAGUUGAGCUGUACUUGGGUGCUCGUUGCUUAGACUCACACAUAUACAGAAACACACACACACACACACACACACAUAUGCAAUGCGUAAAUAUAUUAAAGCAAUAAGUUUAUAUUUAUACCUAUACAUAUACAAAUAUACAUACAUACAAGACAAUGCUAUAUACAAAACUAAACAACAACAAAACAAAAUGAACAAAAAUACCAAUAUAUAAAGAUAUAUAUACUAUAUACAAUAUAUAUAUUAUCUUAAAUGGAGCUAUGCAAAAAUUUCACAAAUUGUAAGCUUUUGUUGUGUAUUUGAAUUCUAAAUAAAAGAACAAAGUCAACGA